AUGCCGCAGCCAAAAUUCACGCCACGUUUGCGAAAGCAGAAACACCGGCGUCAGGAGCCUACUGAGCAUGUCGACACCAAUGUCGCGGAGCUAGCACCCGUUUCUAAAGAUGAGAAAGAGGCGAGGAGACAGAAGCUGCGCGAGGAGCUACAAGCUCAAAGCUCUAAUACGAAUGUGUCGUCGAAGAAGAAGAAGCGACUUGAUAAAUAUAUCGAGAACAAACUCAGGAAGGAAGAAAAUCUUGAACUGUUGAAGAAACUUGCUCAGUCAAAGGUGGACACAUCCAAUUUUAAGAGUUUCAAGGAUUUCAACGCUAAGAAAAGGCGCCGCGAUCGCGAUCACGAUACUAUUGCGGACAAUGAUGAGAGUGACGAUGAGGAUGCUGAUUUGAAGGCUUUUGAUCCCGCUACUGACCCCGAACCACUGGUUAAACCUCUUGCACCUGUUGGAAGUGGUUUGAAGCGGCCACUUGAGCUUGGGGCUGAUGGAUUCCCUGUCAUUAAGAAGCGGAAGCGCACUAACAAGAAACCGGCUCCGGCGCCUGUGAAGGAGGUUGCGUGGGAGGGUUUUGGAUCUGAUGAGGAAGAUGAGGAGGAGGAGGAGGAGGAGGAUGAAGAGGAUAAAGAAAACGAUCUUGAGGACGAUGAGGAUGAAGAUGAGGACGAUGAGGACGAUGAGGAUGAGGAAGAUGAGGAAGAUGAGGAAGAUGAGGAAGAUGAGGAAGAUGAGGAAGAUGAGGAAGAUGAGGAAGAUGAGGAAGAUGAGGAAGAUGAGGAAGAUGAGGACGAUGAUGGCGAAGAAAAAGUGAAAACUAUCAAGCCACGACAGUCCGCCUUCAAGUCUUGGGCUGUACAGCAGAUCAAUGAAGCUAUAGGCUUUAAGCCGACCACCGGCCCGAUGGUCAAUGAUCAUGAUCAUUCAUCUGCACCAAAACAGGAACCAAGGAAAAACGAGGAGGACCCUCUGCCCCAAGAGCUUCAGGUGACACAUGGGAAUCCGAACCGCAAAGCGUUCAGCGUUUCAGUUGAUCGCUCAGAGGAAAUCCAAACUGCCCGUCUCGGCCUCCCGGUUGUUGGCGAGGAGCAGAAGAUCAUGGAAGCAAUCCACAACAACUCAACAGUCGUCAUUUGGGGUGCUACCGGUAGUGGAAAGACAACUCAGUUACCGCAAUUCCUCUUUGAAUCUGGAUUUGGUAACCCAGACAGUCCGAAUCCAGGUCUCAUUGGUGUCACCCAACCCCGUCGAGUUGCCGCUGUGAGUAUGGCGAACCGUGUUUCUCAGGAGCUGGGCCAAUACUCCGAUAAAGUGUCUUAUCAGAUCCGAUUUGAGUCGACUGCUUCCAAGAACACCGCCAUCAAGUUCAUGACUGAUGGUAUUCUUCUGCGUGAAAUCGCGGAUGACUUUGCUCUCCGAAAGUAUUCUGUGAUCAUAAUCGACGAAGCCCACGAGCGAAGUGUGAACACCGAUAUUCUCAUCGGUAUGGUCAGCCGUAUCGUGGAGCUGCGCAAAUCUAUGAGCGAGGAAGACUCGUCCGUGACCCCACUGAAAGUUGUUAUCAUGUCUGCCACUCUACGAAUCUCGGACUUCACUGAGAAUUCAAGUCUGUUUCGCCAAGGGCCACCUCCUUUGGUUCAGGCAGAAGGUCGUCAAUAUCCCGUCUCUGUUCAUUUCGCUCGUCGUACGCACCGCGACUAUGUUGAGGAAGCUUUUCGAAAGGUCUCGCGAGGACACCGCAAGCUGCCACCCGGUGGAAUGCUUGUGUUCCUGACUGGACAAAAUGAGAUUCGACAGCUCUCGAAACGCUUGAAGCAGGCAUUUAAGCCCACCCAGCGAGCGGAUACAACGCAUGCCAAGGUGCAAAUCACAGCCAAUGAUGCACCCCUGGAAGCAGAAGAUAUGGAAUUCGGAGAGACGGAGAUGAACAACAUCGGCGGAGAUGACGACAGUGAUGUUGAAAUCACUGGACUGGAUGAUCCAGAGGACGACGAGGACUUUGACCUCGGCGAAGAAGCCAUGGACUCAUCUACUCGGGUCCACGUUUUACCGCUAUACUCUCAGCUCCCCACAAAAGAGCAGAUGAAAGUCUUUGAGCCAGCGCCGGAGAACUCGCGACUCAUCAUCCUAGCCACCAACGUCGCCGAAACCUCCCUCACUAUUCCUGGUAUCAAGUAUGUCUUCGACUGCGGACGAGCCAAAGAAAAGCAAUUCGACCUGUUUACCGGUGUCCAGAGCUUCCAGGUUGGCUGGAUUAGCAAAGCCAGUGCAAACCAGAGAGCUGGUCGUGCCGGUCGAACAGGCCCCGGUCACUGCUACAGAUUGUAUUCCUCGGCUGUAUACGAAGGCGACUUCGCUGAGUACACCGAGCCCGAAAUCCUGCGCACUCCUAUCGAGGGCGUUGUGCUUCAAAUGAAGAGCAUGGGUCUGCACAACGUGAUCAACUUCCCCUUCCCUACGCCCCCAAGCCGUCAGGGUCUGGCCAAGGCAGAGAAACUACUGAAGAACCUCGGCGCCCUCUCUGCCAACGGGCAAGUCACACCAAUUGGUCGCCGUCUCUCAACCUACCCCCUCUCUCCUCGAUUCGGCAAGAUGCUCUAUAUUGGUCACCAACACGGCUGCAUGCCCUAUGUCAUUGCCCUAGUCUCGGCACUAGCAGUUGGCGACCUCUUCGUCGCACCGACAGAACUGGAUCUUAGGACUACCUCCUCCAUCCUCAAAGCAAAGAAGAAUAAAGACGGCAGCGAUGACAGCGACGAAGAGAGGGUAGUCUACACCAACGAAGAUAGAAUAGAAGACACAGAGCGCGAACAACGCGGAAAGGACUACGCUCGUGUCCACCGUCUCCUCAGCAAGCAUGACGACACCUCCGACGCCCUCAAGUACCUCUCAGCAAUCUGCGCCUACGCCUAUGCAGCAGAUGGUGACGCCUUCAGCGCACAGAUGUUCCUCCGCGCAAAAGCAUUCAAAGAAGCAACCCAGCUACGCCGCCAACUAACAGACAUCGUACGCGCCAACAACCCAGGCCUAAUCGGCACCUACGAAGCACGCCUUCCCGAGCCCUUACCCAAACAGAUCAAAGCCCUGAAGCAGAUCAUCACAGCCGGCUUCAUAGACCACGUCGCUAUCCGCGCAGACACAGCCCCAGUCCCACCAGAGAUGCCGCGCGCUCCACGCCGCGCCAUCGACGUGCCCUACCUAACGCUCUUCCGAUCGCGCGAAGGUCCAGCACAGGAUAUCUCCGAGCGCGCCGUCUUCAUCCACCCCUCGUCCCUACUUGCCAAGCUCACGCCGAAGGAAAUGCCACAGUAUAUCAUAUACUCGCAUCUUCAGCAAUCGUCUGCAUCCGUAGUCUCGGACCAGACGCCCAAGAUUAGGAUGUUCCCGCUCGUUGCACCGAGCGGGCUACAGCUUGCUGCGCUUGCGCAUGACACGCCGCUUCUCGAUUACGGGAAGCCUAUUGGCAAAACGGAGACGCUAGAGGGGAUUCCGCAGCGGAGAUCUUGCUGGGUUAUUCCUUCUUUGGUUGGGGAUGCGGGUGGAACGGGCUGGCCGCUGCCUGCUAAGAAGGUUGUGCAGAGGAAGGAUGCUAAGGAUGGAUGGGUUAUUGAAAAGUUUGUUGCAUGA